AUGGCGUUCCCGGUGGACUUCCCGCCGGAGCUGCUGGCGCGCAUCAUGCACCACAUCCCGUACUUCACGCUGCUGCUCGUCGUCCCGCGCGUGUGCAGGGCGUGGAAAAGCAUGGUGGACACGGACCCGGUCUUGCAGAUGCGCAUCUUCCGCCGGCCGAGCGCGGUGUACAUGGACGUCGGCGUCAAGCAGUCAAGCCUCGAGAAGGACAGCGAGCCGCUCGUAUUCCACCCGCUCGUCGACAAGGUGUCGUACCCGAUCGGCGCUCCCGCCGCGGAGGUGUACUUCCCGCACCCCGCAGAGAUCGGCGGUAUCGACCUCGACGCCGACAUCGUCACGCUCGACGACGGCGACGACGACGACGAAGAGUGGGCCGACGUCGAGCGGCGCCCGUUCAUGUUCGCCGCCGACCCCGACGACCGUGACCCCGUGCCCCUCGCCGACUGCGCCGUCGCGCACGACCUCGCAACCAUCCCAGCCGUCCACAGCAUCGAGCUGAUUACGAUGGACCGCGACGACGAGGAGUACCCGGUGCGCAUCGAGAACCCGGCGGGCAUCACCAUCCUCGACAUAUUCGUCCGUCUCCAGCAGGCCUGCAAGGAAGAGGUCCAGACCCCGGACGGCCGGGUCCCGCUCGAGGAGGCGCUGUGCGACAUAUUCUACGAGGGCCUCGUCAACUCGCACCGCAAGGGCCGCCAUGUCAAGACUUACAUGAACUUCGGCACAUAG